AGCCUGGUACUGAUUGUUAUUUAACAAAUAGUUAUAAAGAAAAUCAUAUGGGUCAAAUGCUACCUAAUUAUAUGUGUAUUUUCACUUACAGUCGUCCUUGGGGUACUUGGGAGGUUGGUUCCAAGGCUCCCCUUCCUCUGCAUAUACUCAAAUCCAUACAUACUCAAGUCCCCAAAUCAGAACCUACGUACAUGAGGCUGACUCUCCAUAUAGGCAGUUUUUAAUCUCCCAAAUACUGUAUUUUCAAUCAGUGUAAACUGUAGUUAUCUGAAGUGGAUCAUUUUUAAUCUGGCCUUUUGCACAGAUGUGGCUAUUAGAGAGUUUAAGUGUCUUGAGGUUAGAACAAAAGAGAAUCAGCUGAGCUUGUAGUAGGUUGUAAAGGAUGAAAAUGUUGGCUUCUACUGGUUUUGUGUAUAGGUGCUCAUUAAAUAUUUCAGCAUAUAAUUAGACACUGAGAUAAAUAAUGUCCAAGAGAAGUUAUUGUUCUCUCCCCUGAAAGUGUUAAAGCUUUAAAUAGAUUCAUUUUUCAAGACCAGCCAACUUACGUCAAAUUUGUAGGUUGCUUAUUUGAGCAUUAUAAUCUGAAACACUUUUCAAUUCCCCAAGUGACCAGAAGUGGUAACAUUUCUCAUAGUCAAGAGAACCAGUGGCCCGAAAGAGUCAACACUUAAAAGAUCUUCAAAGAUUACGAUGCUGAUCUUUCUUACUCAUCUUCAAUGCAGGCUUUCGUUCCAAAUUGUUUUAGGUUCAACUAUUGCUAUUCAGACUGAGUGUGGCGUACAAAGUCCUUGGUUACAGUGUAUGACAAAAGAGUCACCUUUGUCUUGGCUGGUUUCCCUACUAAACUAUGUUUCAAGCAGUGGAGGGCUGGGGUAUCUUCAUUUUUGUAUCCUCAGAGCCUCAUUCACAGUUGGUGCUCAUUAAUGAUAUUGGAUGAGUAUGUCUUUGUAACCAGAGUCAUGCUUAUAAAUGGAGGAGAAUGGUAUGGGUAAGCUGGAAGAUCUCUUGACAUGUUCGAGCCCAGAGGAUUCUGUGUGUUAUCUAUGGUUAGUAGACAAGUCAGCUAGGCGUUACUGGAUUUCUUGAUUAUUAUUAUUUUGUUUUUCUUCUAAGAAACAUCUCUGGAUUUUUUUUUUUUAAGUUACACAGGAGAAAAGAAUGGUCAUUCUCAGAUUUUUUUGUGAAGUUGUCUUCUGUAUCAUCACAGAAGACAAAGUGUCAUUCACAUCUUAGAAACCACCAAUGAACUGGCUGUGAAACACCUUUGUACUUCAAGACUUAGCUGUGUGUGUCAUUCUAUUAGGGAAGGAAGUGGAGCUCUGGGCUUUAGAGUAGUGGUUAAAAAUGUGGAUUCUGAGGCCUGACUGCCUGGAUGAAAGUUCUAGUCCACCAUUCACUGGCUCUGUGAACGUAGGCAAGCUAUUUUAGCUUUCUGUCCCUUGGUUUCCUAGCAGGAAGAAGAGAAUAAUAAUACCAACCUCAUAUAGUUGGUAUUUGUAUCAAAUGAGUUAAUAUGUGUGGAUCACCUAAAACAGUGCUUGGCACCUAGUAAAUACUCAAAUGUUAGAUGAUGAUAUUACCAACUUACUAGCUGUGUAACUUUGGUCGGUAACCUUCUCUCAGCUGUGCGUGCUUAACUUUUAAAAUGAUCAUCAUAAUAUCUUACUGAGCUAAAGCCAAGGGGGUGAAAUCAAAUAAUUUCUUGGAACCAAAGACUUGCCCCAUUUUCUGUGAAACUGUGUUCAUCUGUGAGUAUUGACAGGAUGCUUAAACUUUAUAAUUUUAUAUCAUUUCAUGGUAUAAAAAGGGCCAACAGCCCCUUCCUGCCUAUGUCCCAUUUUGCCCAAAUCUGUUGCAAGACCUGGAAAUUUCUUCUGGAAAUCAAUAAUUAGUUAUGUCUGACAAAAUGGAGGCUUCUCUCUUAAAAAAAAGAAAACAGCACCAAAUAUGUGCCAUGUCUCCUCCCACCCCCUACAUCAAGUUGUCUGCAUAGCUGUUAAGAAGACAGAUCUUAUGAUCUGGUGUAAUGAUUCCUUCUUUCCACAAUCUUGAAGAAGCAGAAGUUUGAUUUUUAUCAGUGGGCAUUUUUUCUAGACAGGAAGCUUGUUCUGAGACUUAAAUUAUACCAUUGAAUUUUUCUGCAUUGUCCAGGUGGCUUUUUGAUUGAGUGUGCCUCAGUUAAUAAUCCCAAAAUAUACUACGAUCAAGAGCAAACAGGACAGUAUCAAUUCCGAUACAAGAUUAAAUCAGGGUUUAGAAAAUGCUCUCUUAAAUUUCCCAUAGUGGGAUGUCAUGAUAUGUAUACCUUUUUAUUUGCAUGAGGAUUCCUUUUCAACACAUUGCUAGAAAUGUAUGUUUCCACUAUUAAUACUUACAAAUAUUGUUUUUAGUACUGUUAGCAAUGUAUGACAUACAGCCAUUCCUUGCUGCAGAUAAAGCAAGACUGUCAUUUUACUUGUGGCUAGAGCUUCCAUUUUGCAGAAGAAAUUGCUGUUUGUGUAUAACACUUGACCACAAUCUUCUUGGAGCUUUGCUCCAAGAGAGCUGGCAAUGACUAUUAAGCCAAUCUGACUUUCCUCCUGAUCCGGCACAAUGCCCUGUCCAUCUCAGCUGCUCAUCACAUGCCUUGCACACUGGACCAGAACUGAAAAACAGACCUUCAGGUAGGACAGGAAGCCAUCCCAAGAGGCAGCUAUGCAGCUGGGAAACAGAGCUACAAUUUUUCACCCACAUCCUUAGUUGCCAGGUUCCCAGCAUAUAAUCAGAGUCCUGGAAACGACAUUGAGCUGAUGUUUGGAGGUUGUUUUGUCUGUCCUGUUUUUGUUUUAGGAAAAUUGGGUCUGUGAUAGAGACUUUACCGAUAAGAGACCUUUCAGAUGUUUUGCCCUUUAGGGGAAUGUGGAUCCUUGGGGACCUUUGAAUUGCUUUGCCUAACAAGGCAGGUUGUGUGUUAUGUGGUGUCAUGCCAACUUUCAUUUAGUUGGUUGGAAUGCCAAAGCGGAGAAGGGAGUCCCACUGCUGCCAGGAUUCCUAAGGAAGCCAGCACAUCACAGCUGCUGAACAGAAAGAAGCCUGCGGUUGGCACAGGGAGUGUGGAGGAUAAUCAUUCCUGCCGCGCCAGGGCUGUUUACUCUGCCACCCUAUGGCUGCUGCACACUGGGCGUGGUGGGCGUGCUUGCCUAGUACCUGUUUGCAGAGCACGGAGACAGCCAGGGCAGAGCUAAAACAGCAGUAAUCUGAAACCAGUUGUGUUGGUUUUCCUUCUCUGACUUGGCAGCUAAAAAUCUGCAUUCCAGAUGAGACCUGUGGGGAAGCGGAAGAAAGCACUUAAAAAAAAAAAAAAGAGCUUCAAGGGCAGUAAAUUAACUGCUUUGAGAGUUCUGGUCAUUUUGAGAUGAUCUAUUUCUUUCCUUCGUUUCUUUGAUCUGGGCUUUGUAAGUGGCUGUUGAUCUGUGCGCACUGCUGGUUUUUUGGCUUGGAUGGCCCAGGUAUCUGAUCAUAAUCCAAAUGGAAGAGAGGGCCUGUCUGAGGAGUAUUUCAGUCCUUUUCUGCUGAUUCACUUCUGAAUUCCUUGGGCUGCUCCAGGCAGUGGUUAAGGGCUGUCAGGGUCAGCUUGCCGGCUCAGCACUUUCAGGAGCCUCCACUGGCUCACCAAUGAGGAAGUUGAAUGCCACCAGGAGAACCGCCGGCCGGCCCUGGGGCGGAGCUCCUCAUGAAGUCCUGGGCUGGGAUUACUGGGCAGGCUGACUUUCCCUAUGACAAAAAGCCUUUUGUCCACCGGAAUAAAUACGGAAGUCCCAGAAGAGCAGCCUCCCCGUCUGUGUGUAGUAAGGUGCACAGCUCGGCUGCCUCUGGGUGUUGAGCUCCACAGGCGUUUUACAGCCGCCCUGGGCACACCAUCAUCACGCAAACCGGAAGGAAGACACAGUGACCUGAAAGAGACCAAGGGUGUUCGCGGUGUGGCUGAGAGCCUGACUCUCGGGUCCUGUUGCUUUCUGUCCUGUAAAUUAAGAGCAGAUGGAGUGGAUAAACUGAGAGUACAGGGGAAGGUAACACGAGUCGGAACUUCCACCACGGGUGUUACUGAGACAUGGAGGAGGUUGGCGAAUCUCUGAAUGGCAGUGAUGUCUCGGAACCGGACAGACCCGCAGCCGGACUUGAAAUGGCUCAGUCGAUCCUGAGUAAGUUCUCUAUGAAAUCCUUGUUUGGAUUUACGAGUAAAUUGGAAUCUGUGAAUCCUGAAGAGGAAGAUGCUGUGCUGAAGGCAUUCCACAAAUUAGGCGCAGAUCCCAUACCUGGGCAGGAGGAGGCAAAGGCUCGGGUUCCACCUGACCUUGGAAAUGAUGGGAAGACUGUGGAGACAGAGUCGGAGGGAAGUCAGAGGAAAGCUGAAGCAGGGACUUCUCUUCCUGGUCAAGAGCUCCUUCCACUCACUGCUUUGAGUGUGACCACAGACGAUGUCAUUUGGGUCCGUGGGACCCUGGUGCACACCACCAGUGAUUCCGAUUCUGAUGACGGUGGCCAGGAACCAGAGGAGAGAAGCAGCACCAAUGGCCCAAAGUCUCCCAGUAUUGUUUUAUCUGAACCAUCUCAGGAUCCUGAAGAAAAACCAGGAGAUCCCAGAGAAAGUAUUGCCACCGGGGAAAUAGAUGAUGCAGAGCUCUGUGCAGAAGAUUCUCAAAGGACUCCACCUGAGAUAAAUAGCCAACUGGAAUCUGGCCAUGGUGGCCUUCAGACAGAGCACAGCCCCAGCCAGGGCCAGGCUGAAAAAGGGUCUCAAGUCUUACCUGCAGUAACAGACCAGAAUGUGAGUGUUGAUAUCACAGAGAAUGCAUCUUCUAAAAGAGAAGUCCCUGGAGAGAAGUCAUUCCAGCUUCCAGCUUUUUUUAGUGGGCUUCGUGUGCUGAGGAAGGGGGCUAUAGCUGAGGGAGGGGAGACCAUCACUGAAAUUAAACCAAAGGAUGGGGACCUGGCUUUGCUCAAAUUGACCCAGCCUGUGCAGAAGUCCCUAGGGCCACAGACAGUGAGGAGUGGGGAGAAAGCAACUGAUCCGAAGGCCACUCCCACUCUGCUGGAGCAGCUCUCUCAGCUUCUCAGCAUUGACAUGUCCAAAACCGAACCGAAGGCAGCAGACCCUGAGUCGCUCAGGAAAGAAGAGAUGGGCUGCAGUGCUGACCAGGACAGCCAGAGCGGCUCUGGAGAAGCCCAAACCCAGGACAGUGAGAUCAAACCAAAACCACCGGAGACUGCCCUGGAGGCCUUUAAAGCCUUAUUCAUCCGUCCCCCCAAAAAGGGGACCACAGCGGACACCUCUGAGCUGGAAGCUCUCAAGCGCAAGAUGAGACAUGAGAAGGAGUCCCUAAGAGCUGUGUUUGAACGGUCCAAGUCAAAGCCAGCGGAUAGCUCCUGUGAUUCCAAAAGCCCUGACCAGAGCCCCACUGAGCAGGACGAUAGGACUCCUGGCAGGCUCCAAGCUGUCUGGCCACCCCCAAAGACAAAAGACACGGAAGAAAAAGUGGGAUUGAAGUACACUGAAGCAGAAUACCAAGCUGGUAUUUUACACUUGAAGAGGGAGCACAAAGAAGAAAUUGAAAACCUGCAGGCCCAGUUUGAACUUCAGGCAUUUCAUAUCCGGGGGGAGCAUGCGAUGGUAACAGCGAGACUAGAAGAAACCAUUGAGAAUCUCAAACACGAGUUAGAACACCGAUGGCGAGGAGGAUGUGAGGAGAGGAGAGACGCGUGCAUCUCCACCGACGACGACUGCCCUCCAAAAACCUUCAGAAACGUGUGCAUCCAGACAGACAGGGAGACCUUUCUCAAGCCCUGUGAGGGUGAAAGCAAGACAACCAGAAGUAACCAAAUAGUACCCAAAAAGCUGAAUAUCUCCUCUUUAGGCCAACUUUCUCCCCCAAAUGACUGCAAAGACAUCCACACACCACUUCAGUCUGUGGAAGGCAUGUCAUCAAAUCAGCAGAAGACGUCACCUCCCCCUCCCGCACCGCCGUUACCCUCAUCCGUUCCUCCCCCUCCUCCCCUCCCACCUGGACUUGGACCUUUGUCACCAGCAUCUCCAAUGCCACCUGUGAGUGCUGGGCCUCCGCCGCCCCCUCCGCCACCGCCUCUACCUUCAAGUGCCGGACCUCCACCACCACCGCCCCCACCACCGCUUCCUAGCUCCCUGGUUCCACCCAGCCCCGGGGGUCCCCCUCCUGCUCCUGCACCCCCAGGACUUGCACCCCCACCCCCUCCCGGGCUCUUCUUUGGACUCAGCUCUUCUUCCAGCCAGUGUCCUCGAAAACCAGCCAUUGAGCCCAGUUGUCCCAUGAAGCCUUUAUACUGGACUAGAAUACAAAUAAAUGAUAGGAGCCAAAAUGCUACGCCAACCUUAUGGGAUUCCUUAGAAGAACCUAACAUCCGGGACCCCAGUGAAUUUGAGUAUUUGUUCUCCAAAGACACAACUCAGCAGAAGAAAAAGCCUCUGUCAGAGACCUAUGAGAAAAAAAACAAGGUCAAAAAGAUCAUCAAGUUAUUGGAUGGAAAACGAUCUCAAACUGUGGGAAUCUUGAUAUCUAGUUUACAUUUAGAAAUGAAGGAUAUCCAACAGGCCAUUUUCAAUGUGGACGACUCUGUGGUUGAUCUGGAGACCCUGGCAGCCUUGUAUGAAAACAGAGCUCAAGAGGAUGAAUUGGUUAAAAUAAGAAAGUAUUACGAGACAUCUAAAGAAGAAGAAUUGAAGCUACUGGAUAAACCUGAGCAAUUUUUACAUGAGUUAGCCCAGAUUCCUAAUUUUGCUGAACGUGCCCAGUGCAUAAUCUUCAGAUCUGUCUUUUCUGAGGGUAUCACCUCUUUGCACCGAAAGGUAGAGAUCAUCACACGAGCUUCUAAGGGCUUGCUGCACAUGAAGAGUGUGAAGGAUAUUUUAGCUCUCAUUCUGGCUUUUGGAAAUUAUAUGAAUGGAGGAAACAGGACUCGGGGACAAGCUGAUGGAUAUAGCUUAGAAAUUCUGCCCAAACUGAAGGAUGUCAAAAGUCGGGAUAACGGGAUUAAUCUGGUGGACUAUGUCGUGAAGUAUUACCUGCGUUACUAUGAUCAGGAAGCUGGAACAGAAAAGAGUGUUUUCCCCUUGCCUGAGCCACAAGAUUUCUUUCUGGCCUCCCAAGUCAAGUUUGAAGACCUCAUAAAAGACUUGAGAAAACUGAAGAGGCAACUAGAAGUGAGCGAGAAACAGAUGACGGUGGUGUGCAAGGAGUCCCCAAAGGAGUAUCUCCAGCCUUUCAAGGACAAACUAGAGGAGUUCUUCCAGAAAGCCAAAAAAGAGCAUAAAAUGGAAGAAGGUCACUUGGAGAAUGCACAGAAAAGUUUUGAAACAACAGUAGAAUAUUUUGGGAUGAAGCCAAAGUCCGGUGAGAAGGACAUCACACCGAGCUAUGUGUUUAUGGUGUGGUACGAGUUCUGCAGUGACUUCAAGACGAUUUGGAAGCGGGAGAGUAAAAACAUAUCUAAAGAAAGAUUGAAAAUGGCUCAGGAAUCAGUCAGCAAGUUGACAUCAGAGAAGAAAGUGGAGACGAAAAAAAUCAACCCCACUGCUAGUCUGAAAGAAAGACUGCGCCAGAAGGAAGCCAGCGUGGCCACCAACUAAGAUGGAGACAAGACACAUGGAAACGAUGACAGUGGAGAUGUAUGUAGGACUUCCCAUGCUCCUUUGCAACACCAAUGCUGCAGGAAGUUCUUGAAAGAUAUGUUACUAAAUGUUUGUCUUACUCAUCUCUUUCUGAGAUCGUCUGCAGAAAGCGCUUCGUGCCUUCUUUAAGAAGUCCCUUAUUUUGAGCCACAGGAACAAUGAAAAGCUAUUUAAGGGAACAUUGCAGAACGUUUGAUAAUUGUUUCUUUUAGAGGUCCAAAGUCCAUUCUAUUGUAAGACUAGAAAAAAAUACCAAGAUUUUCCGAUUAUUUUUUUUAAGCUGAGAUUUCAAGCUUUGUAACCCAAGCUUAAUAUACCUUGUGACGGAAGAAGAGAAGGAUCUUUUAUGACAGUCACCUUGGGAGAGUUGAAGCUUUGGUCUUUGCACACUGCUGUUUGGAUUAUUGGUCUUAAUUCUGAUCAUGUUGCAGCAAGAUCCUGUAGCAUCUCUCUCACCAAAAAUGUUGCAACUCACCAAAAUUAUUUUUAAAGAAGUCCAAGACUGUGUAUUUCCCAGAAUAGAGAAGUGAUUUUGUUAUUGCUGCUGUUCAUGUAACGGAAAGGAGAAACAAUGGAAUUGUACAUGGGUAGAGAGGGGAAUAAAUAGCCAUAAACUUCAUCCUGGAGAACAAGUUAUGAUACAGGGAGUUAUCAGUCAUUAAGUGAGGGCCCAUUCUUUUGCUUUUGUAUCAGUUCAUUGUUGGUUUCCUGGGCCAGCAGAGAUUCUACACCUCAGCUCCCAGAAGAAACUGUAAUCCUUAAGCAGGAACAGCCUUGGGGGCAAGCAUACCUGCUUGGACAUGUGACACCUUUCACAUUUCAAAGUAUUUGUGAGUGGGUAAUGCCAUGUUCGUACACAGCUGAGUUCCUCAUCGUGUUCUUUGUGUACAGCUGGACCUCUCCUACCACCUCCAGGAGCGCAAGUGCAACGCGCAGCGUUCUAUCAUGACUGGCUGGCAGGCAGGUGAAAUAGGGUGAAGCAGAAAUCUUUGAUGUUAAAACACUUAAAGGCAGGAAAAAAAGUUCAUUACAUCAAAAUGAAAAGAUGGUGAUUAUAUUAAUACUAAGCUUCGAGUAGAAGACCCCGCAUAGCCAGCUUUUUCUAACCCUGGCUCUCGAGUCACAGACAAAAACCACCUUGGACCUCUCCAGGACAUUUUUGCCAUUAAGUGGCCACUCUUUGAAUCUGUCUUAUGAGGGGAGAAGAAAGAGGGUUGAAGCUGGAUCGAGAAUAGGAUGAAAGACUGUCAUUUUAGGCCUUGAAAGAAGAGAGGCCCAAACUUUUCUCCUACAAUUGGUGGAAGACAAUCUAGAGAUGAACAAGAAUCUUAAAUUCCUUCCUGAUCCAGCUGCCACGUGUGGCCUUCCCCUUGACCCGCAUCUUUUCAGAACCCUUGAACUUUCCAGGUGCCUGAGUGUCUUCCCAGGAUAUGCCUGCCAGUCAUCAGCCCCUCUCAGGGACACUCCUAUACCGGAUUCAGCUAAUGAAAGCAGCAUCAUAUCCUAAUAUAAUGCCAGCCUUGGAAACCAAGAAUGCACCGGCAGGAUCCAAUCAAGUCACAGAAGCCAUAUACAUGCAGGUGCUAACCACCUUCCCUGAUGGUUCAAAAGAGAGGAAUAUGGUAACAUGGUUGGAUUUUGUUUUUAAUUCAAAAUAAAGGAAUGAGACAAGCAAAAUAGAAAAGCUGAAUAAGAAACACAACUGAAAAGGCUUGAAGUUGAUUGUGAGCAGGAAGCUUUUCAUAUCGCUUUCUUAUAUAGUUCCUCUUCAUUUUCACUGAACGGUGAAGAAAGCCAAGGGAAUUCAUCAAUUUAAAACAAAUUCCACUUACUGCCAUCCUGUGCUCCGUGGCAUUCCUUCUAGUGUUAUCAUGUAGAAGAAAAGUGCUAUCUUUGCACAUGCCAUGGAAAUUGGCCCUGAGUUCAGGGAGCCCAGUGGAAGUCUGGAACUUUUUGGGUCCUUCUGGAUCCUUUAUAGACUUGAUGGGAGAGAGCAGCAGGAAGUUUUCAGUGGAGUUGCUGCAGUCCACUUCAGGCCUCUAAGUAGGAUUCUCACAGAAAUCCCUGAAGGUAAGCAGGACUGUCACUGUGGGCCAUAUCACCCUUCAGGGACAACCUGGCAAAGAACCAGUGCUGAAGAAUAAUGAGUGGAAACAUUUGAGAGCUAGACAAAUGCAGCCCACUGUGGAUUUCAUCCUAGUGAACAGACUAAAAUUUUGCAGUAAAAUGCCUAUUUCUCAAGAGCAAGGUUUUCUGCCUCUGUUGGGGAAAUCUAGUGGUUGUGUCACACUAGUGAAAUGUAUUACAUUAAGUGCGUCCAGACACCAUGGCAGAAUCUCCAUUGUUCUCACCCAGUUUGAACCCUGUCUGAGAUGCCCCCUACCAAGUCCAUUGAAGUACCACAUUGUUGGCCCAGCCUUCAUUGCUAACUCAAGUUGAUGCUCUGUAAAGGUUAACGAGAAUUUUCUCAAGGCAGUCCAUCUACAGUAAUCUGGAGGCCUUUCAAAUGAUCCCUCUGAAAUACAGUUGAGAUUGUGUUCAACGCAAUAGGUGUGUCUGAACUUUUCACUGGAGAAGAGGUGGUUGGGAUACCACUUGGCAGCUCGAGCACUUCAGACAAGCAGGCUAAGUGGCUGUUCUAGGCGCAGCCCUCCCUGAACUAGAAGGGAGAGUGGUCUUCUCAUUCAACAAGAAAUACUACCCCGUGUUUAACCGGACAUGCACACCUGACAUGCUAGUAGGACUCUAAGCAACCUUCACUUAUGAACAACUUCGUCUCUUCCUAGCCAACCAAGAUUCAUUAAAUAAGAGCGCAGAUUGACAACAGUUCAGAUUCUUGCACGAGCCAUCGGCACUAAUCAUUAAGCACACAAGUAUAUCAUACAUUACGCUAAAACAUUACAUAGAAAGGUAGGGAAAAAGCAUCAGUCCUGUGAGAUGUCAAAAAUAAGGUUAGGAGCUGUGCUGUGUAUGGGUUUUAACUCAAAACGAGGCAGCUUACUGGGGAAAAAAAAAAUAGAAAAGUAUGGCCACACAGAAAUGGAUGUAUAUGAUGAUAGUGGGGACCCAGAGGUCACGGGGGAUGGCCCUGCUGCCCAGUAGUUGCCUUUUGAGUCUUUAAGUUGAUGUCGAUGAUGCCUGUCACACUCACACUGCAACUAGCCAGGAAUUAUGGAGAAAGAUUUUCUGAACUCUGAAUAGUAGGAUAAGGAAACCUAGUGGUGCUAUUACAUCUUCAGCAUUCUAGCUGAAACAGAUUGCCAGUACAGCUGAGGAAUCGAAUGUCAGAUGAGAUGCUGAUCUCCCCUUGCCCAGGAAGGACCAUAGAAGCUGCAAACCUGCUAAGCCUCCUAUGGACACCUCCUGUUUACAUAAGGACAGGCAUUUCCUAAAUGAAAAGUUCAUAUACUGCUAAUAAAGAAACUGGAAAAACUGAAGGAAGGAAUCAAACAUGGUGAUACUAAAUACUUCCAGCAAUAUAAAGGAGUCAACAGUAUGUUUUUAUGUGUUUUUUUUUUCCCAAUCAGAUGUAGCAAAAGUGAUAUACGCGUAUUUUUGGUAAAGAUUUGUCCAUUGGCCUAGGGUUUCCUAUCUCUCUAUAGAUUAUGGUGCCUGCCAUGGGGACGUUUUCAUUUUAAUUACAUUCUUCCUUUCCUGAAAGCUGUAUGUUUUCAUUUCUGUUUCUAUUUCUCCCUUGCCUGGCAUCACUGAUGCAGAACAUUGCACCCAGCAGCACAGCAAACUGCACCUGGUCAGUGCAUGAACGGGAACUGGCAGUGCAGACGUACAGGUUCUUGCCCAGUAACCAGGCUGCAGCGUUGACAGGGGGACCUCUUCAUUCCCUGACAUCCUAAAUCAGUCUGUUUUGUAGUACUUGCCCCUUCACCCCUAAAUAAGAAAUAUAAGAUCAAUUUAGAGAUUUAUGUGGGAAGGGAAUAAGUCCAAAAAAUGUAGCCCCUCCCCCUAAAAAAAUAUUAAAUAUUUUAUUUGCAAGGUAGUUUAAAUUGUCUUUAAAAAAUUGCUAACAAGAAGUAUUUGUUAGAUUUGAGCUUUAUUUUUCUUUGAUGCACCCUGUUCUAAUGAGAAAACAUUACAAAGGGGAGAUGGGAAAGAAAAAGCUUCAGCAGAUUUGGUCAUCUACAAAUUGGUUUAUAAGUUCCCAAAUCACAGGGAAAAAAAAUAAAAGGACAUACUAUGAAAUGCAAUGUUGUAUGAGUCCUAUGCACAUAAGAAUUUGAACAGCUUUGAUGGCUGAUGACUAUGGACAAAGUAAGAGGUACCUACUGCCUGCUUGAGAUUUCAGCCUAAACCAGGCAAUUUUUAGAAUAUGGAUUUAAAAGAGCCAAGAAUUAUCUCAAAUAGUUUAUUUUUGAAAUAGCUGGAUAUAUGAAGAAGUGGUGUGAUAUAGUAGGAGAAAUGCUAGACCAUCAAAAUUUCCUUAGUCUGGGUCCUCAAGCAGUUUUUAAGUCAGUGGACCAACCAGAAGACCAUGAGUACCGUAUUUCAUAUAUUAACUAUCUUGCCUUUAGGAACCCUGCAACUGAAGAGAGUGGACUGAACAAAGGAAUGAACUUUCAUUCAUGUCUGCUACUUUGUCCUUGUGAGGAGAUCUGCAACACAGAUGGAACAAGUCUAUCUAACCAAGCUGAUAGGGAUUGAAAAGAAUGGAUAAUUUUUAGCCUUCCCAAAAUGCAAAUAACUUGUUGGAUGUAUUUCCAUUUUCCAGCUAUAGAGAGAAACAAGCCAGCUGCUUGGAAACUCUUAUUGGUACAGAAGUGGCUUAUAGAAAAGCACCUUCAGAAACCAGACUCAGCAGAUCUUUCUCCUUUAGACUUACAUAGUAGUAUUCAUAACUGAAUUAGCAAUUGAAUCCAGGCAUAACCGGGCUCAGUUAUAAAGCCAUAUGUGACUGGGAGUCUCAUUUUGUGUCAUUUCUGCACACCCGUCAGCUGUUGACACCUUUUUAGAGGCACUGAAUUUUAGUUUCACAAUUCUUCAUUUCCCUUCCCAAGGAGUGGGCAAUCUACCAGAUUCUCCCAGAUCAAUGCUUUGCUGGGAAGUAAUGAAUUUCAGAGACUUUUAACAUGUCAAACUUGAAGCCAGUUCAGUAGCCUUAUUUGUUCCAAGACUCUUAGCCAACACUGUGAUAUAACCUUAGCUUUUGGGAAAUUCAUGUAGUUAACAACUUACUUGGAAACAUGAAGAUAUUAAAAUGGCAGCUGGCUCUGUCUCUUAAGCCACUAUGCAGUUUCUACUGAUGAGAGAUUAGGGAAGCAAAUGGAGCUUCAUUCAGUAGGUCGGCUGUCCUCAAGUAGAAUUGAUUGGACUCAUGUCCCCAGCCCCUCUCCUAACUACCUUGGUGACAACCAAUGGCAUAGAGAACCCUUUCUUUUCAUCUCUCCCUGCUGUGAUAUGGUGGUUCCCUUCAGUCAGUAGCUCACAUGAACUCCAGACUUUAUUGCAUAUUACAACUAUGAACUACUUGAUCUGGGGAAGACUGACUUAAUCCCAAUUUUUUUAUAUGAAAGUGAUAGCAAGAAUCAUUCAUUUAUUCUUCUACAUUCUAUCUAUACUCAUAUAAUUUUCUAUUUUUUUAAUCUUAAACAUACUGAGAAUCUCCAGUCUUUCCUAAAAGCUGAUCCAACUAUAUCUAUGGGCUAUUUUCUUAUGCUUUCUGUGAAACUUGAUAGCAUAAUGCACAUGACAGUAUCGUUUCAGGCAGAAAUUCACAUCCAGAGAAUUUGGCACGAAGUAAACAACCCUUCUACCACACUUGAGCUCUCCUGUGAGCUGAACAUUCUACCCCUGCAGACAUGUAGGGUCUUUCUACCUUUGAAACUGUAAGAGUAUCUUAAAAGACAGUGAAUAUUUCUCAUGUAUAAAAUGAACUGCCAAUGCAUUAUUGCAUAGGUAGUACAUCAAGUAUAAGAAAUCAAAUGUUUUCAGGCAUACAUUAGCAGUGGCUUGUCAACAUCUUUGCCACAUUUUUAUCUACUUUUCUUCAUUGUUCUCUUCCAGGGCUUUCUUCCACUUUCAUGAAGCAGAUGCUUUUUUGGUUUUUUUUGUUUUUCAUCUAGGUUAGUUUUCCAGGUCCAUUUUUCAAAGAUGAAAAGUAGUCCUAUAGACCACUGAGUAUUCAGAGAAUUACUGUCUAUUUCUGCAAUGGCAUAAACAGACAUAGAUGUUUAGGAACAAACAACUCUCUGGUAACUCUUGGGAUGGAUUUUGAAUUCCAGAUCUCUUUCUAGGAUCUGUAUUAAAAAGUAUAUAGAAUACAAAUAUUGUAUUGCUCUUCCCAGUAAGGGGCUUAGAAGGACAUUCAAAAUCUUUCCAUUUUAGAUAUGUUUGCAUGAAUUAUAAAUAGCUCUUUUUUUCCUCUCUUCUUGCUAACUUGUCUCUAGAUAUAACCUUAUUUCUUCAGAUGUCUGACUACUAAUGCAUAAAGAAUGUAGUCUCAGCCCCACUGAGAUCCUUAAAAGGCUUCCAUUUCCAUUGGAAACAAAUCUAUGAGUGAGAGGGAAAAUCUAGUAACAAUUCUCUUGUUUGCUCACAAUGACACAAAUGGGAUUUUAGGGUCUACCAAAUGGAUCUAUUCCAAAAUAAUUAAUUUUAUAAUUCUGUAAUUUCCCAAGACACAAAUAAUGUGGCCUGUCAGCUAGAUGUAUAAUCUUCAAAGAGUAUAUACAUUAAGAAAAAAGGAUUUCCCUUUAAAGAACCAAUCUGAGAUACUCCUAAAAAGGCAGAAACUUUUAAAAUUAGGAAUUGUAUAAUUUUUAAGAAUCUUUAGAGAAAACAUGUCAUUGAUUCAUCAUAGUCUUUUCCUUUCAUUGAGUUUUAAUUUAGACCAACAUGGGAAACAGGGUGUCCUUGGAAUUUGAUUUAGGGAUCGUGUUUUGGCCUGGAAAAUAAGGACGGGCCUGCAUGCUCAGAACCUAAAUGAAGUCAGUCAGCAUCCUAGAAUGAGUCAGACCUAAGAGAGAUGUUAGUUAUUUCAACAGCUUUAGGCCUUAAUUUUCUUAGCAACUCUCUGGAUCUUUGAGGCUGCUUCCUAAGAUGCAUUUGAUCCAUGCAAUUAUUUGUCGUCAUUCAGCCUUUAGAGAUUGCAGACAAUGGGAUGAAGGAGAAACACAGGAGACAGGGGAGGAGAAAAAUUUGCACAAGGCCAGUGCAAUGUUUUGCUGAUAGAUGGCAUCGUUAGGGAGCUGGUAUUUUUUUGCUGUGAUUGUAUCAUGGGCAACUUUUCAAUGGAAAUUCAGGGAAUCUGUGUUGAGCAAAUGGGAGUGCCCGGUAUCUUGUACUGGUAAGUGCCAUACAAUAUAAUGGAAAAGCAGGUACCCUGGUAAAACUGGUCUGGACUUGGUUUAAUAACUCUUAUCAAUUUCACAUCUAUGGGGUUAUUUGUCCAUAAACCUUCCUGUUUUCUCCAUGCCUGUUCAAAAGUCAUUCUGGCAUCUAGCUUCAUUUCACUUUUCUCAUCUCGAUAUUGCUGCUUUAGCUUCCUUUUCCUUCACAUCCCAUAGGUGUUUUUUUUUUUGGUUUUUUUUUUUCCGACUUUACAGUUUCUCCCAGCCCAGCUUUUUUCAUCUCCCUGCAUCAUAGACAACCUGAUGUCUCCCUAGGCCCCCACUCCAUCCCCUCACACCCCGUGCUCCAUACUUCAGCCGUUUGGACAGGGAGUUCCACUGUCACCAAGGAGCCUGGGUGAGACACACUCCUGUGACUGCCUCUUGUUAAUGUCAGCAUCACCUCAUCACUUAGGCAAAAAGGAAAAUCCAUAAAAGAGACGGAAAAUACGUUUCUUUUUCAUUUUAUUCUACUUUAUUUUAAGAAGGUUAGGGUGGGGGGUUGGUUCUAGUCCUUCUCAGUUUCUCGUAGAUUUUACUUUAAACUGUCUAAUUAGGAGCCAUUCUUUUGAUAAAUUUAUAAAUCAGACCAGGUCACCAGCUAUGAUACAUAAAGACUGUAUUUUUGAAUUACAAGUAACUUUCUGUGCUGCUGGGCAAAUUGAGUUAAUUCUGUGCAAACAAACAUUUUGACUCAUAAGGCUUUUUAUUGCCACUCCAUGCUGACUGCUACUCAUGAUUCAAGCAUCUGCCCCUAAUCUGAAUCAGGAGGUUGACACUUUGUGGCUAUUUUCAGAUUCACAGUAACUGUUACACUCUUGGAAGCACUUAAAGAAAGUUUAUGCAUGUCUUAAAUAGUCAAUCAUUUGACCUGGUAAAGUGCUGGCUUUUCUGUUUAAUUAUUAGACCAGUAUAUUGAUAUAAUCUUAAAGGAUUUUAAGCAAUAACAAAGACAGUUUGGCAAAGGAGAAGGCACUUUAAAGACGUGAAACCUUACAUGCUCUUGGAUAUUUUUAAACAUAAUAAGCUAAUUUGAUUCAGGUAUUUUUUUCCCUUUAAAUUUUUAAAAAUAUAUAUUUCUAAUUUGCCUAUUUAAUUUUGUCAAAGUGGAGAAAUGCUCAUGAGUUGAAUUUGUAAAUGUCAUUUGCAACCCAAUGAAGUAUUUAUUUUUAAAAAGAAAAGGUGAAGGAACCAAUAUUGACUUGUACAUAAUGAGAAUUAUGUUAUAUAUAUAUAUAUAUUUUUUCCUCCUUGACACUGGUCACCAUAUCAAGUGUAUUUUUGUACAUAAUAUGUAUUGGUUAGAAAUUGUAGAUUGUUUAUUCAAAGAAUUCUAUCUGUGAUUAUAUUUAUCGUAACCUGUUGAUACCUCUGUUAAUUUCUUUUAAGAGAUAGAACUAUAUUUUUUGGAAAUUGCAGAGAAUUGCAUUCAUGGCUUUCAAUUGUAAAUAUGCUAAGGAUAUUUUAAUAAAUCUUGGUUUCAUGUCCA